AAUGAAACCGACGUGACCCAUGAACUCUGUGUAUACGGUAAUGUGUAGUUCACGUUUGCGUAGAAAGCUAUUGUUGCAGCAUUUUUUCCCUAAAACUAUAAGCGACGUUGAAUGGAAAUGAGAGGUUAAAAUAAUCGCAAAUAUCACAAAUGACCCUAUUUCCCUUUGGAAGUAAAAAGACGAAACAAUCGUUCGCUAAGAAGCUCACAGUCGCAUUGGGGGAUAUUCGCUCGUUCAGUAGUUCAGUAAAGCAGAAAUGGAGUCCCAGCAGGAAGUGAACCCUGUAUUCCUGCAGCAGCUCAGAGAGUUGGACAUACCUGAGGAGGCAGCCAAACAGGCACUCUUACACACACAGAAUGUGUCUGCAGAAGAGGCUGCAAUGUAUUAUUUCAACAAACUGGAGAAUGAGGAAGAGGGUGAUGAGGACCUGAUGUUCAAAAUGGUUUUUGUUGUAAAUAUGGAGCUGUCCAUGGGUGUCGGGAAGGUGGCGGCACAGGUGGGUCAUGCUGCAGUGGGUUUGUAUCAGGCUUUGCAGGAGAAAAACAGCUGGAGGGAAAUGGCCUGGAGAUGGGACCAUGCUGGAUCUAAGAAGAUUGUGUUACAAGGCACUAACAUGGCACACCUGUUGGAAUUGCAGGCUCUUGCUAUGAGCCUCAGUCUUCCUACAAAGCUGGUACAGGACGCUGGACACACACAGGUGGAGCCAGGUUCAUGCACUGUGCUUGCCAUCAUAGGAGAAGAGGAGAUGGUGAAUAACGUCACAGGCAGCCUGAAACUGCUGUAACGCUGAGGGAAAACUCUUCAAGUGUAGAUGUGUGAUGUACCACAGAAAGAACAGGGGUCAGCGUUUGCCCACAGUAGCAUGGUUCUCAAGAUAAAGGUGCACUCAGUAAUUUUUUGUUUAUGUUGUGAUGGCUUAUACUGACAGCUAGCGACGUGAAUACAUCUUUACGCAAAAGCAAACAAUUUCUGUUACUGAUACCUAGGGUUGGGCGAUAUACUGCUAUACCAGUAGAAAUAUUUGUCAACCAGUAUAACUAUUUGAGUAUUGUUUCUGUUGUGGUUAUUCCCGUGUGUCCUGCAAGGCUGAAUCUCCAGUACUACGAUAAAAAAACAACUAAAUUUUACACCAUUUUUGAACGUGAGUUGGUUGUGAUGUGAACAGGAAGUGUAUUGCAAAAUGAAAUUGACUUGUCAUUGGGAGCUGCACACGAAAACAAACAUUCAAGGCGGUAUAGUCAGAUUCACAAACAAAUGAUUUAAAUAAGCUGCUUCUUAUAAUAAAUAAAUCACUCAACAAAACUCACAUAUAUUUAAGCGUUACCAUUUUGUAUGUUUGUAACAUUUACAUGCGCAUGUCUAUAAAAGCAUUAAAGAACAUCUCUUAUGCGUUUACAUGACCACAUAAGCAACCCAGGCAUGUUAAACCACUUUCACUUAA